AUGAGGAGUCGGAGUAACUCCGGGGUCCGGCUAGACGGCUAUGCUAGGCUGGUGCAUCAGACCAUCCUGUGCCAUCAGAACCCAGUGACUGGCUUACUUCCAGCCAGCUAUGACCAGAGAGAUGCCUGGGUCCGGGAUAAUGUGUACAGCAUCUUGGCUGUGUGGGGUUUGGGCCUGGCCUACCGGAAGAAUGCAGACCGAGAUGAGGAUAAGGCAAAAGCCUAUGAACUGGAACAGAGUGUAGUGAAGCUGAUGAGGGGACUGCUGCACUGCAUGAUCAGACAGGUGGAUAAAGUAGAAUCCUUCAAGUAUAGUCAGAGUACCAAGGAUAGCCUCCAUGCCAAGUACAACACCAAAACCUGUGCCACUGUAGUGGGUGAUGAUCAGUGGGGACACCUGCAGUUGGAUGCUACCUCUGUGUACCUGCUCUUCUUAGCACAAAUGACUGCCUCAGGACUUCAUAUUAUCCACAGUCUAGAUGAAGUUAAUUUCAUACAGAACCUUGUGUUUUACAUUGAAGCUGCAUAUAAAACUGCUGACUUCGGGAUAUGGGAACGUGGAGACAAGACCAAUCAAGGAAUCUCAGAAUUGAAUGCCAGUUCAGUUGGAAUGGCAAAGGCAGCCCUGGAAGCAUUAGAUGAACUGGACCUGUUUGGUGUGAAAGGUGGGCCGCAGUCAGUUAUCCAUGUCCUAGCUGAUGAAGUACAACACUGCCAGUCUAUCCUUAAUUCAAUACUCCCCCGGGCUUCAACAUCUAAAGAAGUUGAUGCUAGUUUACUUUCAGUUAUUUCCUUCCCAGCCUUUGCAGUAGAGGAUAACCAGUUGGUGGAGCUCACAAAACAGGAAAUCAUCACCAAGCUUCAAGGUCGUUAUGGUUGUUGUCGCUUUCUACGAGAUGGAUAUAAAACUCCUAAAGAGGAUCCCAAUCGUCUGUACUAUGAACCAGCUGAGCUGAAGUUAUUUGAAAACAUUGAGUGUGAAUGGCCAUUGUUCUGGACAUACUUUAUCCUUGAUGGGGUCUUUAGUGGCAAUGCAGAACAGGUUCAAGAAUACAGAGAGGCUCUUGAAGCAGUCCUCAUCAAGGGCAAAAAUGGAGUCCCACUUCUGCCAGAGUUGUACAGUGUUCCUCCUGACAAGGUUGAUGAAGAAUAUCAGAAUCCUCACACUGUGGACCGGGUUCCCAUGGGCAAACUGCCUCAUAUGUGGGGACAGUCUCUAUACAUUUUAGGAAGCUUGAUGGCAGAGGGAUUUUUAGCUCCUGGAGAAAUUGAUCCCCUAAAUCGUAGGUUUUCUACUGUACCAAAGCCAGAUGUUGUGGUUCAAGUUUCCAUUCUAGCUGAAACAGAAGAAAUCAAAGCCAUUUUGAAGAACAAGGGAAUUGAUGUUGAGACCAUUGCUGAGGUAUACCCCAUCAGAGUACAACCAGCUCGUAUUCUCAGCCACAUUUAUUCCAGCCUAGGAUGCAACAGUAGAAUGAAACUCAGUGGAAGACCCUACAGACACAUGGGUGUCCUUGGAACUUCAAAACUCUAUGACAUUCGGAAAACUAUCUUUACCUUCACUCCACAGUUUAUAGACCAGCAACAAUUCUACCUGGCUCUAGACAACAAGAUGAUAGUGGAAAUGCUUAGAACAGACCUCUCCUAUCUCUGUAGCCGCUGGAGAAUGACAGGCCAGCCCACCAUCACCUUCCCCAUCUCACACAGCAUGCUUGAUGAAGAUGGAACCAGCUUGAAUUCAAGUAUCCUGGCAGCACUCCGAAAAAUGCAGGAUGGAUAUUUUGGUGGGGCAAGGAUUCAAACAGGUAAAUUGUCAGAAUUUUUGACAACAUCUUGUUGCACGCAUUUGAGCUUCAUGGACCCUGGACCUGAGGGUAAACUGUACAGUGAAGAUUAUGAUGACUAUGAUAAUGAGCUGGAAUCUGGUGACUGGAUUAAUGGCUAUGGUUUAUCCAGUAAUGCUCACUCUGGUGAUGAAGUUGCUCGUUAUUUAGAUCACCUUUUGGCACACACUGCUCCCCAUCCUAAACUAGCCCCUACCUCACAGAAGGGAGGGCUAAAUCGGUUCCGAACUGCUGUGCAAACAACCUGCGAUUUAAUGUCCUUGGUGACCAAGGCCAAGGAGCUGCAUGUACAGAAUGUCCAUAUGUAUCUACCUACAAAGAUAUUUCAGGCUUCCCGGCCUUCAUUCAACUUACUUGAUUCACCUCAUCCCGAACAAGAGGACCAGGUUCCCUCUGUUCGUGUAGAAAUACAUCUUCCUAGAGACCAGUCUGGGGAAGUGGACUUCAAAGCACUGGUUUUACAGUUAAAAGAGACCUCCAGCUUACAAGAGCAAGCUGAUAUCCUCUACAUGCUGUAUACUAUGAAAGGACCUGACUGGGACACUGGAUUGUAUGAUGAAGGGAGCACGACAGUCAGAGAGCUGCUUACUGAGCUAUAUGGCAAAGUUGGAGAAAUUCGUCAUUGGGGCCUGAUCAGAUACAUCUCUGGAAUCUUAAGGAAGAAGGUGGAAGCACUCGAUGAGGCCUGCACAGACCUUCUCUCCCAUCAGAAACAUUUGACAGUGGGACUCCCUCCAGAACCUCGAGAGAAGACCAUCUCUGCACCUCUGCCCUAUGAAGUACUCACUCAACUGAUAGAUGAAGCCAGUGAAGGGGAUAUGAGCAUUUCAAUUCUUACACAGGAAAUAAUGGUAUAUCUAGCCAUGUAUAUGCGAACUCAGCCUGGCCUUUUUGCUGAAAUGUUUCGACUUCGAAUUGGUCUGAUCAUACAAGUUAUGGCAACAGAACUGGCCCACUCCCUUCGAUGCUCAGCUGAGGAAGCCACAGAUGGCCUGAUGAAUCUCAGUCCUUCAGCCAUGAAGAACCUCCUGCAUCACAUACUCAGUGGCAAGGAGUUUGGAGUGGAACGAAGUGUUCGCCCCACUGAUUCAAAUAUCAGCCCUGCUAUUUCAAUCCGUGAGGUUGGUGCUGUUGGAGCAACCAAAACAGAACGAACUGGGAUCAUGCAGUUAAAAAGUGAGAUAAAGCAGGUGGACUUUCGUAGACUGUCUAUCUCAACUGAAAGUCAGCCCAGUGGUGGCCAUCCCCUGGGUAAGGAUUUGAUGUCACCAUCUUUUCUUCCACCUGGAACCUCUAUGAGUCUAAGUAGUGGGUCCUUCCCUAGUGCAUUUGGUCAACAGACAUCUAAAGAUAGUCGUCAAGGUCAAUGGCAACGCCGAAGAAGGCUGGAUGGUGCAUUGAACAGAGUUCCAAUUGGAUUUUAUCAAAAAGUAUGGAAAGUUUUGCAGAAGUGUCAUGGACUUUCUGUGGAAGGUUUUGUUCUUCCUUCUUCCACCACUAGAGAGAUGACUCCAGGCGAGAUCAAAUUCUCUGUUCAUGUGGAGUCUGUCCUGAAUCGUGUACCUCAGCCAGAGUACCGUCAGCUUCUGGUUGAAGCCAUCCUUGUCCUCACCAUGAUGGCAGACAUUGAGAUUCAUAGUAUUGGAAGCAUCAUUGCUGUGGAGAAAAUAGUGCAUAUUGCCAAUGACUUGUUUCUUCAAGAACAGAAAACCCUCGGUGCAGAUGAUAUCAUGUUGGCAAAGGAUCCUGCGUCUGGAAUCUGUACUCUUCUGUAUGACAGUGCACCCAGUGGCAGGUUUGGCACCAUGACCUACCUCUCCAAGGCAGCGGCCACCUAUGUGCAGGAGUUCCUGCCCCACAGCAUCUGUGCCAUGCAGUGA